GGGUACUCAGGUUUGCGCCUUUCGGUGUGAAAUGGCUUUGUGCCCUUGUGGAUUGCACCCUUUGGUUAAUUUUGACCCCUCAAUGGUAGGAUAAUUUUGCUUACAUAAGCAAAACUUGAAUGUUGGUACCUCAAAGUACUUUUUCCCCCAAGAUUAGAACUUUACCCCAUUCCAGGCGUAGGCGUUUUCUUCAAAUAAUGAAUUCAGUCCUUUUUACUCAUAAUAUUUUUUUCCAUUUGCGACGUAAACUGCGAGAAAAUGACGCUUGGAUUUGCCCCUGUGCAGAUCGGUAUUGUUUAACUACAAAUGGAAAGUACUUUCGUAAGAUGAUUGACAGCUAGUUCCUCUUUAUUAUGAAUCACUUCUCGACGUUUUCAAAUAUCAGAUGUAUGCUUAGAAGAGUCAAAAUCGCACGCAACAAAGUCUCUGGUGAAUCUCGAAGAUUUUUUUGCUUAUUUUAUCGACAGUCAUUUCCAACAAGGAAUUUUAUUUCUGCUUUGGUGCUGUUCAGAAUAUCGCCAUUCGUAAACCUGGAAAAGUCCAUCUCGAUUUUGCACCACAACCUGAAGAUCAUACUUCCCAAAGAAAAUUGUUUAUUUUUGUGGAUUGGGUUUACUUCACGAAAAGAUAUUUCAACCAUAAAGUUUAAUCAUUGUUGUUGCUGCUUAUGGUCUAAGUUGUGUUACUUAGGCCUGUUUUGGUGACAUCGCGUAAUGCACACAUAAUUCCAAAAACUCAAGAGCAAUAAUAGCUAUUUUGGUGGGGAGUCGUUUACAUGAAGUUUCAAAAUUAUGGAGAAUGAAUCAGUUAGUGAAUUUGUUAUUUCGUUUCAAAGGAGCUCGGAGAUCCGUCGUCUUGCUCCUCAAAUCAAUACUCUGUUUGGGGUCCGUUUCGAGUUCAGCUCCGUUAAUGCACGAACUGCUCAAAGAGUUGGAAACGAAUGGAUCAAGGUUUAUGGUACCAAAGAGGCGAGAGAUAAAGCAAAGGAAUUUGUGAAAGGAAUUGACAACCCUGAAAAAACUGCAAUAUUUGCUAUUCCAAAUGAUAUUGUAAACAGUGGCUCUUGGCAACAGGAGUAUAUUUGGAGUGUGCAACAGAAGUUUGGAGUUGUUAUACGACCUUUGAGUGCUACAGAAUUGUUGUUGCAAGGUUCUGAGCUAGUUAUACAACAAAGCUUGUCAUUUCUUGAUGAAUUUGUGAGAAUAAUCAGGCAGUCGACAAGACAAGCUGCAACAUUUGGGCCAACUUAUUAUGGAACACCAAAUACUCAGUACUACCAAGGUUAUUAUCAUGCUGUCCAAGGUGAAACAGUUGAUAGGAAUGUGCCUUAUGUUCAGCAAGAUAUUGUCUGCAGAGGUGCUCCACAAGUUCCAAGGUCCAGUUUACAAACAUUGAAUGAAACAUACCAAGCAGCUAUUGACAAUACAAUCGUUCCAAAAGGUGCUGUUCCAAAGUCUAUGCUUGUUAAUGAUCCAGCCAAGGUUCAAAAUCAACAAAACCAAUGGCAAACUGUUGGGAGCCAGUUGCGAGAUUAUGCAUCAAAACUAGAUUACACAGAUGAGGAGAUACACACUGCUUUAGCAAAAUGUCAUUCUAUAGGUACAGGACAAACGAUUGACGAAAAUGCACUACUGCAGCAAUUGAUAGCAUUAUAUCCCUGUAAAAAACCAGCAUUUAGAUCACAGACUGUGAACAAGGAUAAUUCCUUCAAGUCACAACAGGUACCACCUCUUCUGAAUGAAACAAAAACAGAACCAUCUCCAUCUGCAAAGCGGACAGUGAAAAAGGAUGGUUGUUCAGUGUCUUCAUUUUCCUCUAAUCUAAGACCAAUAGUUGUUGAUGGAAGCAAUGUUGCAAUGAGUCAUGGUAACAGGGAUGUUUUCUCCUGCAAAGGAAUUAAACUAUGUGUAGAUUAUUUCAAAAAGCGUGGACAUGAUGACAUUACUGUUUUUGUACCUCAGUGGCGAAAGGAGGCUUCAAAACCAGACAGACCAAUUGUUGAUCAGCAAAUCUUGUUAGAACUGGAAAAAGAUCAGAUACUAUCAUUUACACCAUCAAGGCGUGUAAAUGGACAGCGAGUAGUUUGUUAUGAUGACAGAUAUAUAGUCAAACUUGCAGCUGAAAAUGAUGGUGUAAUUGUAUCUAAUGACAAUUUUAGAGACUUAACAAAAGAAAGUCCUGAAUGGAAAAAAGUUAUUGAUGAAAGACUUCUAAUGUACACUUUUGUAAAGGAUGUUUUCAUGCCACCUGAUGAUCCCCUUGGAAGGCAUGGACCAAGUUUGGAUAAAUUCUUAUGCAAAGGAACUUUUUCAAAUCCAAGACCUUGUCCUUACAUGAAAAAAUGUACCUAUGGAAGUAAAUGCAAAUAUUACCAUCCAGAAAAAACUCCAAGUGAUAAUGUGAAUAAAGAAAAGGAAUCAGUUAAAAGGACAGUCCAGGAUUCAGCAGUUAAUCAAAAUGGAAACCUGAGCAGUUCAAAGCAGCAGUUAGAUCAGCUUCCAAAUACUGAGAAUACUAUGCCACUUUCAGAGCAAAAAAAUACAACACAAAUAGAGCAUAAAAAUGUGUCUGUGGAAAACGAGACCAAAAGCACCGAUUUAUCCAGCAAAAAAGAACAAGAUCAGAUCGAAAAAGACACAACCCUACCAGAUUACUCUCCCUCGAGGGUAAAUGAGUUGCAAGCGCUACUGGAAGAUGUUCUGCCUGACCAGAAGGAGAAGAUAAAGCAGGUCCUCAAAGACAACCCUAAGGAGACCAAUUUGGAUACUCUUAUCAAUUUGAUUUUGCCAAACUAAUUGUCUGUCGAGGAAUGGCAGCAAAUGACGCAUAUGACGAUCGUGCUCCUUCACCGUGGUGUGUAUUUGCCUCCAGACACGACGCUACGAAUGCCGUCUGGUCCCGUGACCCAAACCUUGAUGGAUUGUCCCUGUGUUCAAGAGAAAGGGCAGUUGAUCCAAAAUGAAUGUAAAAUGGACAUCCCCAGUCUUCAAGGGAGCAGUGUGUCUAACACGUGCAACGUAGCUCACCUUUGUUUAAUGCGGCUUUCAACGCUGUUAUAAAGCAGCUCAAAAUAUUUGUGACCUAACCAAAUUCAGAAUUCAAUUAAUCGCUCUAGUAUUGAUUGACUCUUGCAGCAUUGUGAGACAAUCUGCCACUGUAUAAAUCUUAUUCCAAUUGUAACUAUAGGUGCAAUAUUAGUUUUGCCCAAUUGCAGCGUCAUUUUUUGAUUGGAUUUAUGCUAGUUUUUGUAAAAAUAAAAAAAAUUUGCAUUAUCAGAUGAGAUAUUUGAGCAAUAGGAACAAUAGGAAAAAUGAAUUAUAGGAUCAAUCAAACAAACGCUGCGUUGUAAUACUGCUCUAGCCUCGCAACCAUAAGCGUCUUCAAACCUCCCCCCCCCCAAGAUUAGCUCCUAGCCGUCGCUAGCUAUUGUGCUCAAAUAGGGUUGCCAAGCCCCGUUUUCCGACAAAUCGGAUGAGCCAUCCUUUCUUUGCCGACUGUUUUGAAUAUUUGCCAACGAAGACAAUUAGCUACUCAUUCUUGAAAGGCAAUUUUUUCAAAGGGGUGUCAUACCCUUUACGCCCCUAAUUGCGACGGUCCUGGGUUAACUUCUCCCCUAGUUUUACAGAAGAAUCACUUUUGGAGAGCACCAUGAAAAGUUGAGUCCGGUAACUUACCUAAUUGGCUGGUCCAUAAAGUGCUUUAUUCGUUCACCUUUCUCCAGCAAAUCCUGCCCAUUUUCCAUCAAUGUUUCUGCUUAUCAAAAAUGUUUAUGUCUCUGAAUAUAAUUUGGUAUGUUUCUUAUGCUGGAACAUACGGUUACGAGCGUUUUGGCUAUGCGCAAGUUUAAAAGAAAGUUUUCCCAAGGCUGAGGUCGUUUCAUUUCUUGAAGGGCCUGAGAUUCUCAACUGCCAUUCUUUGUAAUUAAAUAUAGGUCUAAUUUUCAAGAUGAAAAUUUAUGGUAGUGUAUUAUAAAUCUCAUUUGUCGAGUAUUAAAUUCUACUUCUAAUUUUGGUGAAGAAGAGCCAUGCCUUACAAUUGCAUUUAUUUGUAGUUAUAAAAAGCCUAUCAUAAAUUUAUUGUAUGGCGUGAAAA